AUGCGACAGAUUCGACCUUGGACACUCAAUGAUGCCACUGCUUUAUUCUCUUGGUUGUUUCUCGGGCAUACUGUCUGGUUGUUGGCAGGGACGACAAGUUUUGUAAGUAUCAUUCUUUGGUUCGCCAACUCACUUCAAUUCCAAGAAUGGAUUGCCAGAAGUGUAAGCAAGUAUCUAACUUCAGCUACGGGUGCCACAGUUGUAUUUGAUUCUGCCAUUUUACCCAACUGGAAAGAUGGAAAGAUCCGAUUCAACAAUGUGCGUAUUUACCGUAUGCCGCGCUCAGAACAUGAGAAAUUCGAGCGUCAUGCUGCGCUUUUAGAUGCGGGUGAAGAGAUUCCUGCCGACGAAGUGAAUACGGUGAUGGAUGAAGAUGAUCCUUUGGCCGGUGUUGAAUUAGAUGAGGAUGAAAAGAACAAUGAAGUAUUGAAGAAUUGGAUGUGGUAUGAUCUGGUCAUUGACCGUGUUGAAGUCACCCUCAGUUUAAUUCGUUGGAUGGAUGGAAAGGGUCUUGUGCAAAGUGCUGAUGUUCAAGGCGUCAGAGGUGUCAUUGAUCGUAGACAUGUACGUUGGGAUCCAGAUGUGCCUUACGAUCCCGUUGCUUCUAGACAUCAAUAUACGCCAGGUGAUUUCGAAUUGGAAAAAUUAACCGUAGAAGAUUUAUUGGUCACCGUCUAUCAGCCUAACGGAUUUCGUCCUUUCCCCGUCUCCAUCUUUCAAGCUCAAUUAGAUCGAUUCCGUAAACAGUGGUUAUUCUAUGAUUUAUUAUGUGCCACCACCAUCAUUGGUGCGUUUGAUAAAUGUCUGUUUAGUGUGCAUUCUCCUCAAUUAGAAAAGAGUGUGUUGGAACAAUCCGGUCAUAUUGACUCCAACAAGUCAGGAUUUAGAAGUCAUGAUAUCUAUCAUUAUUACCCUUUCAAAAAGCCAGAUCCUAACGGUGUGGUAGUGGGUGGUGAAUCCACACGAUUUGGUGUUCUGACUGACAAUGACAUGCGUAAGCAAGGUUACAAGCGAAAGUCUCGUUUGAGAAUUGAUGGAGUGAAUAUUGAUCAUAUCAACCGUGGAGUGGAAGGACCUCCUGGAUGGAUUACAUCAGGCACAGUGGAUGUAUCCGCUGAUAUUUACAUCCCACAAGAAGCAGUAGAAGCCGAUUCGACGGAACUCUUACGACAAUUAGUCUAUGAACUCACGGACCGUAUCGAGCUUUCUCAGCCAGUGAUUCUUGGUGCGGGCAAUGGAGAAGAAGUGAUUGUGGUGGGAGGUCAUAAACAAAAGAAGGCGGUGGUAGAAGAAGAUGUAAAUACGAAAAAGUUUGUUAUGGAUAUGGACUUUAGAUUUAAAGAUACGAAAGCAUCUGUGCCGUUAAAUACACCGGAAUUGAGCUAUUUGAAUAGUGCAAUGGUUCGACCUGUGGUUGGAUAUAUCUCACGCAAUAAGGCGAUUGUGCCUAUCAAGGUACGAUUGGUGAUGGAUUUGAGUAACUUCGAUGGAUCCUGGACCUUGUAUGAUUCCACCUUGGCAGAACGUAUGGGCGAGAAAUUAGGGCAAGGAUUUGUGGAUCUUACAUUGGAUCAACAAGAACGUAAUAAGAGAUUGAAACGAAUUGGUUUCUGGAGCUUAAAGGAAAUGUCUCGUAAUUUGAUUAAUAUUCAUGAAUUAAUGCGUGGCACUUCAAGAGGUUUCUGGAGUUAUUUAGGCACUGGAUCCGACUAACAAGAAGAAGAGAAAACAAUUAUUUAUUUGUACAUUUUUAUUUAUACCCCCCUCCCUCCCUCUCUUGACU